CCACAGGCCAGAACAGAACACAAAGUCUUGCAGACAUACAACUACUUUUUAUCAAUUUACUCUUGCAAAUAUUUUCUUUGCUUAAACAUGGUUCGACCUCAACAGAGAUACAGGGGAGUUCGCCAGAGGCAUUGGGGCUCUUGGGUCUCCGAAAUUCGCCACCCUAUACUGAAAACAAGAAUCUGGCUCGGCACAUUCGAGACAGCCGAGGAUGCAGCACGAGCAUACGACGAGGCUGCGCGCCUCAUGUGUGGACUAAGAGCACGUACUAACUUCGUAUACAAUGCCUCAAAUGAGAUUCAUUCAUCAAGGAAGUUUCUAUCUGCUACAUUAAGAGCUAAGUUACAAAAAUGUCACACCACGUCGCUGCAAAUGGCGAGAGCACCCGUGAAAAGAGAGGCCGAGGAAGCUCAUUCCACUUGUUCGAGCAUCAAAAGUGGCGAAAUGGGAGUUAGCCACUCUGCGAUCAAGGUGGAUACUAGUGAGUGUCAAGGGGAGAAUGUUCAACAGUUCAAGUCACCAGAAGAGGAAUAUAUAGAACAGAUGAUCCAGGAAUUGCUGGAUUAUGGACCUGUUGAGCUUUGUUCUGUAAUUGGUAGUUAGAUAAUCUAAUUAGUGUUCUCCUUAUUUCCUUUAAAUAGUCGUUCUGACUUUUGUCAUGCGUACCGAGGCAUAAAAGUUAUAACGACUAUUAAAAUGGAACGGAGGGAGUGCAAUCGAGCUUUAUAUAUUAAUCUAGUGAUUUGUGCCACCUUGGUUUGCUUAUCUUAACUUGGUGGUCCAAGUAGAGCAUCAGUUGAGCUAUCCCUUGAUGGAUAUUGGAGCAUUCUUGUGAAUUUCGUUGCUUUAAUCUUGAAGGAAUAAUGAAGGAUGUUAUUUCAUAA